CAGACAGGGCGCUCUUUCUUCCCAUCUUCCUGUCCCUGGCCGCCAUCUUCAAUUUUAAAUGUUUGUUUUCGCUGACGUUUAAACAAAAGGUAUUUGUAUUUGUUCAGAUCUUGGCGUGCAGGAUGAGUCACGUAAUAGUACAAACUCUGGAAUAACAAAGUCCAGAAUGCAUAGUGCUCAAUUCUUGUCUAUAUCAACAGAAGAUUAAACCACGCUAGCCUCCCCUCAUCCUCACUCUGCAGAUCUUCAAGCACAGAUUAGAGUAUAUGCGCCUGGAUCUGGCAUAAUUAAGUAGAUGGGGGAAUCCAAGAACAUGGUGUUGAAUGGCAGGCGGCAUGGCAGCAGAUUCUCCAGUGAUCUAUCCAUAACCUCGGCCAGGUCUCUGCGACAGAGCAAGGGCUCCUUUAGAAGCAGGAGAUGUAGUCGACGUGUCAGCAGUUCUGCCCUAGAGGCAGAGAGACGUCAUACCCCAUCGUCGGGUAUGACUGCAAAGGAGCUCUGUGAGAAUGAUGACUUGACUACAAGCCUUAUUCUGGACCCCUACCUCGGCUUCCAGACCCAUAAGAUGAAUAGGAGGUUUCGACCCAUCAAGGACCGACAUAGACAUUUGAAGGAGGUGCUUGAGAGCUUUAAAAAACAUGACAACCUCGAGAAGGCCUUCCAUGCCUUGACUGCAGGGGACUGGUUAAGACACCACUUUCCCCACAAGACGAAGGCACAGGGCAAACUCUUCAAAGAGCAUGUUUUUGUUUACCUACGAAUGUUUGCAACUAACAGUGGGUUUGAAAUACUUCCUUGCAAUCGUUAUUCCUCUGAGCAGAAUGGAGCCAAAAUUGUAGCAACAAAAGAGUGGAAAACAAAUGAUAAGAUAGAAUACCUGGUGGGCUGCAUAGCUGAGCUAUCGCAGAAUGAGGAAAGCGUGUUACUGCAACAUGGUGAAAAUGACUUCAGUGUGAUGUACUCCACCCGCAAGAACUGUGCUCAACUGUGGCUGGGACCUGCAGCCUUCAUCAACCAUGAUUGCAGGCCAACUUGCAAGUUUGUUUCCACUGGGCGAGAUACAGCUUGUGUCAAGGUUCUUGGGGAUAUUGAACCUGGGGAAGAGAUCUCCUGUUAUUAUGGCGAUGGCUUCUUUGGGGAAAAUAAUGAACUCUGUGAAUGCUACACCUGUGAAAGACGAGGUGCUGGUGCUUUCAAAUCGAAGACUGGGCAGCCUAUGCCCACUCCGAUUAUCAACAGCAUGUAUGGCCUGAGAGAGACAGACAAACGUCUCAAUCGGCUGAAGAAACUAGAAGACAGCAAAUGCUCUGACAGUCAUUUGGAAGGCUCUAAUAUGGAUCCAGACUCUCAGGAAAAUCAUGACACACAUUCAUCUGUAGGGAGGACAGCCCGCUCUAGUGUGACAAGGCUCAGUGAAUCACAAGCCCUAAGCAGGCAAACUCUGUCCAAAAUGCCUAUCCCUACCUCAUCAUUCAAUCAAAGACACUCAAAGAACUCCAACGUGCCAAGGAGGCUAAAAUCAAAGUCCACAAAGCCUUUGCACAAGCUAGGAAGAAGGUGUCAGGCAACUGGCCACAAGUGCCCCAUUGAGGUGGAAGCUAUGGGUUUGUGCCUUAAGGACCCCACAGAAUUUGUCAGUAACAGGGUCUCACGAAAGAGAGAGAUGGAUAAGCAAGGGCCCAUACAAGUGGUGGGAACAAGGGGUGGUCUUGAGCACUAUACUGCGAAGGAAAACCAUCAGAAAUCAAUGAAAGAUGUUAGUAGGUGCCCUGAUGGUUUAGCUUGCACUCACAGAACUCGCAGUUCAACCAGAGCAUCAGUUGGCACACAGGGGUCUGACAACAUUAAACUUGAACCAAACUUGCCACCCAUCCACUGCGGUGGGGUUAUUAGUAAGACCAAGCCUACGGACCUUGGAGAUUGUGUCACAGACAGUCACUGGAUGAACAGCCCAAGCCUGGAUAUCAACUGUCCAAAGAAAGAGAACUGUCCCAGACAUAAGCAAAUGAUAAAGCAGGAAGAGCAGCACUCUUUCAGGCCAGCAUCCCUUCUCCAGGAGGAGGUUCCAGGCCUGCACCAUGCAGCUCGUACCACAGACAUAGCUGAUGGCAGGAAAGAGCUGCAAGGCCUGCCUGAUGGUCGUGAGCACUACAACCUGUCUAAGGGAGACAAGCUUCUCCACCUUGGCAAGGGGAAGAAGAAACAGCAGAUUACACGCUAUGAUUCCCAGCUGAUCCUAGCCAACAACAACUCAGGCGUCCCCAAGUUGACCCUGCGGAGACGAAGGGACAGCAGCAGCAGUAGGAUUGAGCCUGGUGAGGCUGACCCUGUCAAGUCCUCCAGCUCCACAAAGACCAGCAUGAAAUUUGGUAAAAACCAUCACCAUGCAAAGACCAAGAGGAGCUCUUAUGCAGCCAGACUGAGUAAUGGGACUUUCAGUCAUGUGGACCAUAUCCGCUCCUCCAAACACGGCCUCAGUCCUGUGGACCACAUUCGCUCCUCCAAACAUGGCCUCAGUCCUGUGGACCAUAUCCGCUCCUCCAAACAUGGCCUCAGUUCUGUGGACCACAUUCGCUCCUCCAAACAUGGCCUCUGUCCUGUGGGCCACAUUCGCUCUUCCAAACAUGGCCUCAGUCCUGUGGACCACAUUCGCUCCUCCAAACAUGGCCUCAGUCCUGUGGACCACAUUCGCUCCUCCAAACAUGGCCUCUGUCCUGUGGACCACAUUCGCUCCUCCAAACAUGGCCUCAGUCCUGUGGACCAAAUCCGCUCUUCCAAACUGCAGAUUCAGCUGCAGCGUGAGCAGGACAGCAGGAGGCUCAGCCAGUAUCACCAUGGCACUGGGCCCUUCACGGGUAUAGUAGAGAGGGAGGCAGGGGAGGUCUUUGGGCCUACAGUAGCAACAUUUGGGAUGCAUGAUGACACAGAGGAAGACUCGUCCUCCUCUGAAGAAGAGGAUGAAGAAGACGUCUCUGACUCUGACCAUGAAGAGUUCGACGAUGAUUUCAUUCCACUUCCACCAACAAAACGCCUCCGGCUCAUUGUUGGUAAAGACUCUAUAGAUAUUGAUAUUGCAUCAAGGAGAUGUGAAAAUCAGUCACGCACAGUCAAUGCAUGAGCUCUAUGGGUCUUUGUUUGACUAGUUGAUUACAUCCAAAAAAUAGAAAUCCAAUGCUGUUGUAACUAUUUUUGUACAUGAUGGAACUUGAUUCGUUAUUCAUAUUGUAGAAUGUGUAUAUUUUACAUAGCAUACAAUGUGUAGGCCUUUAUUUUUAUAUCUUCAGCUUUAUUAUGUACGAUUGUUAAUUAUAUUUAAAGCCUUUUCUUGUUUGUGGGGUAAACAUGCUACAUUUUGCUUCACUGACAUUCGCAAGAAUGGAACCUUUUGGGAACACACUUGAUGUGCUUUUGUCAGCAUGGCAGUGUAUACAUGCAUAUAGAAGAAUGUGUUUAUAUAUUGUUUUGAGAGUUUGAAAGGCACAGAAUUGUUGUUUCUUUCUGGAGGUCUGUGAAAAUGUGUUUGACUUCCAGUGAUUCCUGGGAGCUGGUCUGUGACAUUUUUGCCCCAUUUUUAAUCAUGAAUUCAUUAAUCAAAAUGUGUUGGUGCUUGCAUAAUGAUUAUAUAUUAUGUUAACUUUUCAGUUUGUACAGAGAUGGAUUUUGGGGAUUUCAUUUUUAGAUCGACUUUUUCUAUUCAUUUCACUGUCACUCAAUUCUCAAACUGUAUCACUUCUGUCUCCGUUUUAACAAUCACAAAUUCAUUACAACUUACUUGGCUAACUUGGUCUGGCAUUGGUAGUGUAGAAAAUCAGAUUUCUUUCUUACUUUGCGAUUUUGUUAAUUUGUUCAUCUGAAUGACUUUCUGUCUGCUGUGUGUGAAUGAUAUGCAUGUGUCAACUUUUUAAAUUGCUCUAUGAUAAAAAAAAACAAUACUAGGUUGAUUUAAAGUCGGUUGUACAACAUUGUACCUGUCACUGUAAUUCUGUAUGCUGUCAUAUGUAGGCUACUGUCUGUAGUCUUGAUUAAGCUACAUUACAUGACCAAAAGUAUGUGGACACCUGCUCGUCGA